UUCCUCUGUACUUUCUCGUUGCAAAAGUCAGGGUUUGUUGUCCCUCGUUGCUUCCCCUCCGUAUCGUACGAACUGGUCUCCUGCUUAGAAAUGGCUGAAGCUCCCCCACGGCCCAGCCGGUUUUUUUGUCACCGGUGUUCGGCAGAGAUUAGUCCGCGUUUACCGGACUACACGUGUCCACGCUGUGAAUCUGGUUUCAUUGAGGAGCUGCCAGAGGAAAGAAGUACUGAAAAUGGGUCUGCAUCCACAUCCUCCACCAGUAGUGAUCAGAACCGCCCAUACUUUGAGAACGUGGAUCACCAACACUUGUUCACAUUUCCCACUGGAUAUGGUCCAUUCACUCUUGGGAUAUUUGAUGAGAACUUCGACCUUCGAACGCGGCUACCCACAGAGGACAACCGAGAGACAGAAAACAGGAGAGAAAGGGAAAUGGCAUCACGGCAGCGAUAUGGUGCGCGGCAACCACGGGGUCGACAUGUUCCUCGACGACAGGGUACGCGACAUGAGGGAGUUCCCACAUUAGAGGGAAUUAUCCAGCAGCUAGUAAAUGGCAUUAUAGCACCUACAGCCAUGCCAAAUAUUGGGAUGGGACCUUGGGGUAUGUUGCAUUCCAAUCCAAUGGACUAUGCCUGGGGUGCCAAUGGUCUUGAUGCUAUCAUUACACAGUUAUUGAACCAGUUUGAAAACACGGGUCCCCCUCCUGCAGACAGAGAAAGGAUAAAGAGUUUACCCACCAUUACCAUUACAGAGGAACACGUGGGUGCUGGUUUAGAGUGUCCUGUGUGCAAAGAAGACUACAGCGUUGAGGAGACUGUCAGACAACUGCCGUGCAAUCACUUGUUUCACAAUGACUGUAUAGUACCAUGGCUGGAACAGCACGAUACGUGUCCCGUGUGCAGGAAGAGUCUUAGCGGACAGAACACAGCCACAGACCCACCGGGGUUAUCAGGAAUGAACUUCUCUCCCUCGUCCUCAUCCUCUUCCUCCCCCAGCUCACCUAGCAAUGAGAAUGCUGCCAGCAACUCAUAGAUUUUCACCGUCACCUCACACCUGAAAACCUCACAACAUACAACACCCAACGACUCCUAGCUGAGACCAGGACAGUUGUUCGUCGCAGCUCUAGGGGACAAUAUGAGUCGAGUUGAACUCUGAAACUGUUUCAGAUUUUUAGUCAUCAUUCCUCCCCCUGUGCUGAACGGACACCGGGUCCAGUUGCUGCUGCUAUUGUUGUUGAGUAUUUUGAGGAGGUGGGACUGGGCAGUGCUGAAUGAGGAUUCAGAGAGGCUGUGAAGAAGAAGAAAAAUAGGAUUGUAACCAGAACUGGAUUUGAACCAGAGUGGACUGCUUUUUGAUGGAGACAUGUCUUUGCCAUGAGGCUGAGGCACAUUUUAUAUUUAAAAGACAAAAAAGCUCUUUAAAAAAAACAUAGCCUGUGGUGGUGCAGAGUCCAUAAAUGUGUAGAUAGAGAAUUCAUUUUGAAUGGUCAGCCACUGUACAGCUAGUGGAUCAAACAAAAACCUUGUGGAAAGGAAACUGAGUGUACGCAUCCAAUUUUUAUUUAUUUGCACCUUUUUUUUUAUUUUGCACAAAAAUCUGUCUGAUGUUGAGAAUGUGAAUUUGGGUGAACUACUGAACAAAAUGAGAGAAGAAAAAAAGAAGAUUUUUCAAAUUUUUGCAUUGAAGUCUUUUUGGACUUUAUUGUUUUUAUUAGGUUCUCUUUUUAUUAGAGCUUGAUC